GCCGGGUUUGCACUUCGAGGAGAUUUUCCUAUGUAGUUUUUUUCCUAAUGUGAGCGCAGGGAAGCCGUGGCAUUACUGCUUUUGGGAUUUUUUAUUCACGUGCACGUCGCGUUUGGUUGCUCGCUCCACCCCCGGAGACGUGGUGUGGUGGAGAAAUUUGAACCCGCAGCCUUAGCUCCGAAAAGGCCGAGUUACCUGGCUCUCCCUGAGUGUCGAGGAGGACAUGAGUGAAAUGACCAGCGAACUCAUUUUUUAUAGGACUCAGUGAAGCCGGAUUCUGCAUUUCCCUACUUGUAGACUCGUUUUGUGGAAUAGAGUUGAUCGCUGUCUCCUCCGCAAAGCAUUUUAACUCGAAUAAGCAAAUGCCGCCUCUGUUUGAACGUUUUGGUAUUUACAAGAGAGAAAUCAUUUUACCUAAGAGAACUAAUUGAAUUGGCAGCAUCCUUGAAAUACCUCCGGACAAGGAUCUGGGGGUGGGGGUGGAAAAGCAACUGCGAAAUAGCAGACGGAGAAAUUCCUUUGGAAGUUAUUCCGUAGCAUAAGAGCUGAAACUUCAGAGCAAGUUUUCAUUGGGCAAAAUGGGGGAACAACCUAUCUUCAGCACUCGAGCUCAUGUCUUCCAAAUUGACCCAAACACAAAGAAGAACUGGGUACCCACCAGCAAGCAUGCAGUUACUGUGUCUUAUUUCUAUGACAGCACAAGAAAUGUGUAUAGGAUAAUCAGUUUAGAUGGCUCAAAGGCAAUAAUAAAUAGUACCAUCACCCCAAACAUGACAUUUACUAAAACAUCUCAGAAGUUUGGCCAGUGGGCUGAUAGCCGGGCAAACACUGUUUAUGGAUUGGGAUUCUCCUCUGAGCAUCAUCUUUCGAAAUUUGCAGAAAAGUUUCAGGAAUUUAAAGAAGCUGCUCGACUAGCAAAGGAAAAAUCACAAGAGAAGAUGGAACUUACCAGUACACCUUCACAGGAAUCCGCAGGCGGGGAUCUUCAGUCUCCUUUAACACCGGAAAGUAUCAACGGGACAGAUGAUGAAAGAACACCUGAUGUGACACAGAACUCAGAACCAAGGGCUGAACCAACUCAGAAUGCAUUGCCAUUUUCACAUAGUUCAGCAAUCAGCAAACAUUGGGAGGCUGAACUGGCUACCCUCAAAGGAAAUAAUGCCAAACUCACUGCAGCCCUGCUGGAGUCCACUGCCAAUGUGAAACAAUGGAAACAGCAACUUGCUGCCUAUCAAGAGGAAGCAGAACGUCUGCACAAGCGGGUGACUGAACUUGAAUGUGUUAGUAGCCAAGCAAAUGCAGUACAUACUCAUAAGACAGAAUUAAAUCAGACAAUACAAGAACUGGAAGAGACACUGAAAGUGAAGGAAGAGGAAAUAGAAAGGUUAAAACAAGAAAUUGAUAAUGCCAGAGAACUACAAGAACAGAGGGAUUCUUUGACUCAGAAACUACAGGAAGUAGAAAUUCGGAACAAAGACCUGGAGGGACAACUGUCUGACUUAGAGCAACGUCUGGAGAAAAGUCAGAAUGAACAAGAAGCUUUUCGCAAUAACCUGAAGACACUCUUAGAAAUUCUGGAUGGAAAGAUAUUUGAACUAACAGAAUUACGAGAUAACUUGGCCAAGCUACUAGAAUGCAGCUAAGGAAAGUGAAAUUUCAGUGCCAAUUAAUUAAAAGAUACACUGUCUCUCUUCAUAGGACUGUUUAGGCUCUGCAUCAAGAUUGCACAAAAAAAAAAAAAAAAAUUGAAUAUCACUCCUCCAGGAGGAGGAUCUUUUGAAAUUGGAAUUGUAUAUUUCACUGUAAAUUUUAGAAUCCAGCUUGUAGCUAGUUGGGGAAAAAAGAGAUGAAAAACUUGAACUACAAAUUACCUCCAUGUAUAUUAUUGGCCAUAGUUAACUAGAAAGUUAUAAAUAGACACUUAAUGCAAUCUUUUUUCCUGAUAUUAGCCAAUGGGAGAAUUAACAAUGUCUAGGUCACAUCCCCUUUUUGUGUUCAACACAGUGAAGAUUAUCUGCUUUUUAAAUUAAUUUAUUUACGAUAUCUAGAGCUGUGUUUUGUGCAAAAACUUAGUGAUGAAAGCCUGUCUUUUGUUGUAAUCUGAAUAAUUUCUCAGGAUAUUUUUGCACUGCUGAGAAGCAGUGCCAUUACCAAUUAAUUCUUGCCAGGAGUGAGAGAGAGCUGUAUCUUUAAUUGAAAUAUACUAUAACUGGGUGUAUAGAGUUCUUCCCUUUUCUGUGCUGGAAGAUAUUUCACUCUGGUGACUACUCUGGUACACUCUGGUGUUCUCUAAUCUUGUCUGUUGUAUAGUUUACUUUUCCAUAUCGAUUCCAUGUAUUUAUGAGAAGAUAUUGUCUCCCAUUUUAUUACACAUUUUAAAGCCAACUAAUGAAGGCAGCUGAGUCCCUCAGAAAUUUUUCUUUUUAAAUUUCUAAUAAAUUUGACACACAGUACUGAAAUACAGCAGCCCGUCAUUGACAGGCUGGUCUAGCAAUGUUAAGUAUAUUUACAGAAUAUGCAGUUACAUUUAUUUAUAUAUUUUGCAAGAAAUCUUUUCUGAAUGAUCAAUGCAUUUCAAUUUACGAAUAAUAAUGGUUAUUGGGGAACUGUUUAUUAUAGAUAUUUUAAGGUGUAUAGCUAUUUUAAAGGGGGUCCAUUUACAUCAAACAGCCGAUCAGAGGACUCUAUCUAAAUUGUGAUCGUGGCAGAUAGAGAUGGAGUCAUGUACUCUAUCUGGCUCUACACAUCAAUCACAUCUUGAUCCAAACCUCACAAGGCAAUAUUCUGAACUGUUAACUAGGUAUUUCAAAACAGGAAUUAAAUUCAAUAGGUUCUUCUCAGUGAACAGGUUUUAAUGUUGUUUUGAUGUAAUUUUAAAAGACUUUUAGCAAACAUGCAUUUCUUUAUAUGAUAUAUUUCUUUUACGAAGCUAUUUUAAAAGUAAGCCAAGUGCUGUCUAGUCUGCUUAUAAAGUAGGAAUUGCAUCAGAGUACAUAUAUUCUUGCUGUACAAUGCCUGUGAUGUUGAGGAGGGUUCUUUUUUAAAGUGUAUGCUUGAGUAACUGACUCUAUGGAGUCUAUAAAUGCACUGACUUCUUGUUUGUACCCCAAAAUGAUCGAAUUGUUAAGUACAAAAUUAAGCUAAUUAACCAAUUUGUAACCAUUUUUUCACUCAUAAACAGCUACUCAAUACUAGACAAUUUUGUUUUUUAUGUAUGUGUAUGUACGUAAAUACAUACAUAUUAAUUUACAUUAGAGUGAAAAAUAAAUGGUUUGUUUCUGAAGUUAGUUUCUAAAGUGAGUUUUCAGGUGUCUCUGAAAAAUUUAUAACAAUCAUGUAUUAUAUGUGCUGUAACAUCAUGUACGUUACCUCCAUCUAUUUUAGGAUAUUUUCCUCACCUAUAUAUUAUAGGGAGAAUAAUUUAGAUACACAUGCUCAGAGCUGAGAUAUUUCUCUGAUAAAUCAGGUAACAAAAUGUAUUUGAUUGAUGGAAUUUUGAAGUAAAUGUGAUUUUAUCCAUCAGUUUCUGAGUAACAAAGAGCACCAAGUUUUAAUUUAAAUAGGAGAUUUAACACUAGGGAUCAGGGAGUUUAGUAUGAAGAGUUAAAAAAAUUUAAAAAACAGUGUAAGCUGUUGAAAUGGCAAGUGAAUUAUUUUAAUGAUGUAAUAAAAUAUUUUUAAAUUUUGACAUAGUGAUCAUUUAAUGAAAAAACUCACCAAAAUGUCUCCAUUUGAAUUGUAUUGAUAAUGUGGGACAUAUGUGUGAUUCAAUAUAUACAUAUACCCAUAUGUAUAUACAGAAAAUUAUUUUUAAUACUUUCCUACUGAUGUGAAAUUUAAAAUUGGAAAUUUUGUGAGUGUUUUUCUUGUCCAAUAGAGCCUAAUUGUUUCCUUUUUUAGUGAUUUAACAAUCUCUUGAGGGCUGCACCUUUAAAUUCCCAGAUUGUCAAUAGACAUGUACAGUAUAUGGGAUAAGGUGGACACAAGUGCACAUAUAAAUAAAAUCUUCUUAAGACUUUUAACUAUUCAUUUACAGUAGGAGAGUAUGUAGAAAUCAUCAUCCACAAGUCAUAAUUAGGUUGUGUGCCUACUGUAGUUUUUUCCAUUUCUGUAUUAUAUAAACAUUUGCAUAUUAAAAUUUGAUUUUUCCCAGAGACAAGUAUUAUAUACUGUAUCUAUAUUUAAAUCAAACUGUGGUAAUAUAUUUCUCAGAAAAUAAUGUUGGGGACUAUAGCCUGAACAUGUGGACUUGAAGCGACAUGGAGGAGGAGGUUGAUCCCAUUGUGUAUAAGUUAAUAUGUGAUAACUAUUGAAUCUUGUACAAAAACAAAAAUUGGAAAAAAAAAAGAAAAGCAAAAAUACAGUUUUUAUUUUGAAAUACAUUUGUUCUCUGGAGAAUGUACUUUAUCUUUUUUUCCUCCAGUCUUUUACAGAUAUUUAAAAGCAUUUAAAUUAUGACAGCAUUUACUUAAAUCUUUCAGGUGCUACUGGAUUUUGCAUUAGUGUGUUAUGUUGUGAAAUCCUAACUUUGACAUAAAAGGUUUUAUAAGUAUUCCCCUGCCUGGAAAAUUAGUUUUUGUUCUCCUCUCUCUCUCUUUCUCUUUCCCACUUUCUUUCUGCAGACUAAAACAUGCUCACGAAGUUGCAUCUCUCCUUGUCUCUAUAGAAGAUCUCCAGUACCAUCAUAGAUUUGAUGUUCUGCUGUCAUUGAACUGUUGGGAAGCAGUUAGAGGAAAAGCUCACUUUUUUUUUCAGGUGGAAAUAAAAGGAACACUCAAAAUUAAGCCAACACCGCCACUACCUUUAAAAACUAGUUUAUUUGCCCUGUUAAAAUUAAAUGUAUUCUUUAACAUGUGGGCUACAGUCUCCCAUGUUUUUAUUUAACUGAAGCAUAUACACUUCAGUCAUUUAUCUCCUUGUGGUCCUGAUUUUGUCAGUACUGGAAUGGGAGGCAGGUCGGGGAAAGUUUGUUUGAUGGCAGUGGAUUCUUAUUGUUGUUUUAACCAUUGCAUUUAUUUGAUAUCAAAUGAUUUUGACAUCCUGAAAUUCUGUGCUUGAAGUCAUGAAAUGAUUUUCAUUGAAUUUUUGCCUCCUAAAUGUAUAGCAUGAAGUAAAUUAAUUUAUACAAAAUCUUAAGAAACCUUUAAGGUAAGAAGUAGUUGAGAUUGACACCGUUAGAAAAUUUCUCAAUUUCUAAAUUUAGAAAUUACUAGAAAAGGAAAGGAUGUUUCAUUCACCUUACUCCAAAUUGCGAAAGUGUAUUUUUUCCUAAUAUUCAUGUUAAAUUUUACCUUAAAAUUUUUAUGAUAGUUUUUCUUCAUGAGAAACUGAUAUAUAGAUGUCACGCAAAUACAAGCAAAGUUACUGAAUUAAAGUAGUGGGUACUUAGCAUUUUUUGUUUAUAUAUUACCUAGUAAAAUAGCUAAAAAUCAUAUCCCAGAAAACUCAAAAACUCAGUCAGCACUACACUGCCUAGUGGUUUCUGCUUAGUACACUAAAUAGAAAAAAAAAAAACAUUUUAAGUGAUUUUUACCAAAAACGUGAACUAGGGAGAAAUUGCAUCAGGACUAGAAUAGACAGAAGGCCACAAACUCCUAGUCGACUUCUUGUCAAGUCUCUGAUCUCUGUAAGGACCUCUCUUUUAGGUUAAAGGACACACCGCUUCUCGGCCUUUUGGCUAAGAUCAGGUGUAGGUUAAAGGACAUAUUCCAGAAGCCACCCAGAUUAUAUCUGGGUGGGAAGAGGAUAUUUUUUUGUGAAAGCAGAUGCAGAAAAAAGAGCAGGAACAUGCUGCCUUCAGUUUUUAUCUAAGGCAUAUCAGGAUAGCCAGAGACACAGACCAACUAUUUCCUUCCUUGCUGCUGCUUUUAACCAAACAGAUCGAGAUGGCACUGAGUUUCAGAGACUUUCAGAAAACCCUGUCACUUGUCUUGUCAGGAUUUGUAACCCAAUAUGAGACACCUGACAUUCAGAACUCACCAUUUUGUGGGAUUCUGACCUACUUUUUUUUUUUUUUUUUUUUUUGAGAUGGAGUCUCACUCACUCUAUUGCCCAGGUUGGAAUGCAGUGGUGCAGUCUUGGCUCACUGCAACCUCUGCCUCCCAGGUUCAAGCAAUUCUGCCUCAGCCUCCUGAGUAGCUGGGACUACAGGCACCUGCCGCCACGCCUGGCCAAUUUUUGUAGUUUAAUUAGAGUCGGGGUUUCACCAUGUUGCGUAGGCUGCUCUUGAACUCCUGACCUACUUUUGUCGGUUGUUUUCGUAUCAGAUAUACCCAGGGAUAGAGGUAUUACUCUGUUUUCUUCUAACAACAAGAAGUGAAGAUAAUGGGUGCCUAAUAAAUGCAAAUAUAAGGUCAUUUCUGUAGCACAGAAAAAUCUUUUGUGUUUAUCAACAUUCAUGAUUUUUCUUGUUACCUAUGUAUUAUAACUACUUUACUAUAUACACAGAUAUAUUGUCAAUCACAUCUAUAUGAAUUGUGGAUAUGACUUACUUGAUUAUUCUACCUUAAUUUAUAAGGAAUGACUAUCUCAGGAAGCAUGACUAGAAAGCAGAUGUAGUUGAAGUGAAUGUUUUCUCUGACUUCAGUUUGAAAUGGAACAUCAAGAAGUAUGUAUUAAACAUCUGCUAUGUGAUAGGCACUGUACUAAUUGAUAUUUUAUUUCUAUGGAUAGUGGCCUUUCCAGGGGUAUUCCUGUGGGAGGGGAGGGGGAUAAGGAAGGGAAGAGGCUCAAAUGAUUCUACCUGCUGUUCCCAUGGUUAUUGGUCUGGUUAUCCAGCACACUGGUGAAAAGGUGGAGUUCUUGCUCAUAUUUGUGGUACAGUUUUUUUGGCUUUUCUGUCUUGCUUCUCUAGAGUAUCUCUGUUAGGGCACUUGUUAACUAAAUAUUUCACAUCUGGUCUUCUGAACGUCUUCAGUCUUCUUUGGUGUUUACAGUACUUCUUAUGAAGUUAUAAAUUUUACUUUCUUUGCAGGUGUCAUUUAUGCAAUAUGUUUUGGACUCAAUUUUUUUUAAAACUUACAAACUUCCAAUAAUCCAACGAAAGUAAGUAAUUCUUUAUAUGCAUAAUUUUAAUCUAUAAAAUUUAAGCAGCAAACUGUUCGGCCUUGGGAAAGCAGCUCAUCUCUUAAGUUUUUAAUGAAAUGAGUUGUAAACCUAUAAAACUCAUCCCCUGACACUAUAUAGUAGUUCAACAAGAUAUGGGUUUUGCUGUCAGUACUGGGUGACUUUGUGGUCAAUUCUGGUUGUGCCAGAACUUAAUGUCUUCCUUUUUUUUUUUUUUUUUUUUUUUUUUUUUUUUUUUUUGAGGCAGAGUCUCGCUCUGUCCCCCAGGCUGGAGUGCAGUGGCGUGAUCUCAGCUCAAUGCAAGCUCCGCCUCCCAGGUUCACACCAUUCUCCUGCCUCAGCCUCCUGAGUAGCUGGGACUACAGGCACCUGCCACCACGCCUGGCUAAGUUUUUGUAUUUUUAGUAGAGACAGGGUUUCACCGUGUUAGCCAGGACGGUCUCAAUCUCCUGACCUCGUGAUCUGCCCACCUUGACCUCCCAAAGUGCUGGGAUUACAGGUGUGAGCCACCACGCCCGGCCCAGAACUUUAUGUCUUUCUAGGUUGAUCAAACCAUUAGAUCAGUUGCAGAAAUAACUCAUGGCUCUAGGAUCUUCAGAGAGAUGGUAACAAAGAUCAGGGUGAAAACACUUCGGUUUUUUUGUUUUGUUUUGUUUUGCUUUUUGGGGUCGGUUUUUUUUUGUUUUGUUUUUUUUUUUUGGUCUGAGUUUUGCCCUUGUUGCCCAGGCUGGAGUGCAGUGGCACAAUCUCAGCUCGCUGCAACCUCUGCUACCAAAGUCCAAGCGAUUCUCAUGUCCCAGCCUCCUGAGUAGCUGGGAUUACAGGCGCACACCACCACACCUGGCUAAUUUUUGUAUUUUUAGUAGAGAUGGGGUUUCACCUUGUUAGCCAGGCUGGUCUUGAACUCUUGACCUCAGGUGAUCCACCCACCUCAGCCUCCCAAAGUACUGGGAUUACAGGGGUGAGCCACUGUGCCCAGCCUCAAGUGUUGAGUUGUUAACCUUUCUUAUUGUAAUAAAAUGUACAUAACAAAAUUUGCUGUUUUCACAAUUUUUUAAGUGUAUGAAUCAGCAACAUUAAGCACAUUCACAAUGUUGUGUAACCAUCACCACGUAUCCCUUUCCAGAACUUUUCAUCAUCCCAAAUAGAAACUCUGUACCCAUUUAAUAAUAGCUCCCUAUUCAUUCUACCCUCUCCACCCUCCCCACCUGCCCCUGCACCCUGUGGCAACCUCUGUUCUACUUUAUCCCUUUAUAAAUUGGCCUAUUCAAGGUACCUCAUAUAAGUGGAAUCAUAUAAUAUUUGUUUUGUUUGUGUCUGGCUUGUUUCACUUAGCAUAAUACUUUCAAGAUCCAUGUUGUGGCAUAUAUCAGAAUUUCAUUACUUUUCAAGGCUGAAUAAUUUUUCAUUGUGUGGAUAUAUGAUACUUUAUUAAUUCAUCUGUUGAUGGAUACUUGAGUCGAUUCCCCUGUUUGGUUCUUGUGACUGUUGCUGUUAUGAACAUUUGUGUACAAUUUAUCUGAGUUCUUGCUUUCUAGCAUUCUUGUGGAUAUAUACCUAGGAGUAGAAUUGCUGGAUUAUAUGAGAAUUCUAUGUUUAACUUUUUGAGGAACUGCAAAAGGAUUGGGUUUGAAUUAGGUAAACCUAAAAGAGUUGUAGAACAACGUGGUAGCUCACUAGGAAAUCAGUCUUGGGGUUAGUGUCUGGUUAAUACACCUGUAUGUAAUUAAUUGGCCUCUGAGUCAUGCCUUUUAUCACUUCUUUUCUAAAACAUUUAUUAAGCACGUACUUUGUCGCAGGCCCCAUUUUGGAAUACAAACUAUAGAGAGAAGCUCGCAGUUCAUUGCAGAGCACAGUUACUUUGCAGUGCACAAGUUAUAUGACAAAGGAGAACAUUAGCACAGGGCAGUCCAGAGGGAAGAGAGCUUGGCUGUUUCCCAGAGGAGGUGACAUCUGCCUGAGGCUUGGUGGAGGAGCAGGAGCUGGCUAGUUGAAGAAGAGGUAAAAGACAGUUGCAGAGAGUGUGCUGUGCAAAGGCUCAGAAGAGUGAAGAAAAUACUGGGACAUACAGAAAGUUAGAAUGGAUCGAUACAGCCCGAAGCAUAGGAUGUUAGGGAAGGACGUGGCAAAUGAUGGGGAUGGAGAAGUAGCCAAAGGCCAGAGCAGGAAGGACUUUGUAAGUCAUUUUAAAGAUUUCCAUUUCACGCUGAACGUAAUGGAGAAAUAUUGAGGAUUUUUUUUUUUUUUGCAAAGAAAACUUGUAAUCAGAAAUAUAUUUUAUAUAGCUAUUAUGUACCUACAAAAAUUAAAAAUUAUAAAAAAUAGGCCGGGCACAGUGGCUCACGCCUGUAAUUGCAGCACUUUGGGAGGCCGAGGUGGGCAGAUCACUUGAGGUCAGGAGUUGAGGCCAGCCUGGCCAACACGGUGAAACCCUGUCUCUACUGAAAAAUACAAAAAUUAGCUGGGCAUGGUAGUGGGCCCCUGUAAUCCCAGCUACUCGUGGGCCCCUACGAUCCCAGCUACUCGGGAGGUCGAAGCAGGAGGAUCGCUUGAACCCGGGAGGCAGAGGUUGCAGUGAGCCAAGAUCAUGUCACCGCACUCCAGCCUGGGCAGCACAGUGAGACUUCAUCUCAAAAGAAAAAAAAUAUAUAAAAAAUAAUAUGGUUUAUAAAUCAGGCAGCUAUGUAAAUCACAAUCCCUGUUGAGAGGCUGCAUUAUGGCAGUAGCGGUGGGAAUGGAUUCAGAGUCUAUAGGUGGUAGAACCGGUAGGACUUCUUGACUAAUUUAGGUGGCAAGGAAAAGAGGAAUGCAGGAUGCUUCUAGAUCUCGUGGACAACCAGAUGAAUAAUCUCAUUUCCGCAGAGAGUGAAUUCAGAAGGGCAGAAACUCAGUUUUGUGAGUUCUGUUUUGCAUUUUACAUGCCUAUCCAAUAUCCAAGUGGAACUGUGGGUCUAGUUGGAGCUCGAGAGAUAACUAUGAGCUGGAGAUAAAUAUUUGGGAGUUGUCGCUUUAUGUAGUGGUAAUUGAGAGCAUAAGAAAUGGAGAGAAUGCAGGGUGAAAAUGUCAUCUUGGGGCAGAUGCAGGACAAGAGCUUGUGAAAGGAAUGGCCAAGAGGAAUAGGUGGACAACCAGAGGAGUGGGAGCUCACAGGAGCCUUGAGUGGAGUUUCAGAAACCCAGAUUUCACACAGAAACAUCAACAAAUCAACUUCGCGUCUCGAGGUGAUGGUAUUUAAACUGUGUUCUAUUGAGAUCCUUCAUUAAUAUUUGGUUUUGAAAUAUAUUUUAACAUAAGUUAAAACUAACAAACUCAAAUAUGGUGUUUCUAACAUUUUAAAACUGAAAUCCAGCAAACAUCAGUGCCAGGUUAACUGUUUUUUUGUGCAGAUGCCAGAAUAAGGCCAUCUCUGGUAAAUUGAAGAGCUUCCUGGUAUUUCAAGGUGAGCUGUUGAAAGAACUGGUACCAUUUCUCAGUGUGAAUCAGGGCUUUCUCAAUGCACUGUCACUGAAACAAAAUACAGAAAUAGGGUCUACAUAAGAUAACUUCUGUCUUCUGUAAACCUAGUCUCAAAUGUUUGUUUAUGAAAAUAAUUUUAUAUUGAAUGACUUAACUGCUUAAGUGUGACAUCCCAUUCCUUCUGUUAAUAUAUGGGGCUUUGAUGUUGUCGUUUUUAAGGGAUGGGGAGGUGUAGCUAAGAAGAAGUUAACCAACACCACUUUCUUUCUGUAGCUUAUUUGCCUCUCUUCAAAGUCAAGUUUUAGAGGCUUAUGUGUAUUGUGUGUUUCUUCUUACAUGUAUUAUUUUUAUACUGAAUAUAUCACGAGGACCACGUAACUUUGUGUUUGCAUUGCUAUAGAAAGUUUAGAGAGUUAAUAUUUCUGUUAUCUUAAAUGGUCCUCUUUUUUUCAUAUUUACUCAUAAACUUAACUGCUUACAAAUUAUCUCUGAUAGAAGUGCUCUCAAAUUAUAUUCUUUGUAUUUGGUUUUAGACUACUGUAUGAUAUUUGAUUUUUAUUUCUAGUUUAAGUUACAAUUAAAAUUAGUCUGAAUUUGAGUAGAACAUGACUUACACUACUUGGUCAACAAAUUGAGCAUGUUCGACGGUCCAGGAAGAAAAAAGGAGCGAUCAGUACUCAACAUUGGCUCCAAAUAACCCACAGAAUUUGCAAAUCACUUGCAAAUUGUCUAAUAAAGUUUAACUUUUAAACAACUUUUGUUUAUAUUUUUCUACUUAGUGAUUAAUCUUGGUCUCCUGUAGCAGAGCCUUUAUUUUACAAUUACAAUCUGUGCAUUAAAAUCUCAGCAUUAUACAUAAUAGUAUAAAGCAUAGAACUACCUAGACUAUGGUGCAUGGCCAACUACUCCAUCUCACAACAGUUUUCAUACAAUUUCAUGACCUCAGUGUUAUUGUUAUCCCCAUUUUAUAGGUGGGGAGUCUGAGGUUUAGCAAGAUAAAGUGAUCAGCCAAACAGGAGGCAGAACCAGGAAUAAAACACAGGUCCUCUGCCUCCUCUGUGCCUUUCUCCAUCAUGCCUGAACCAUGACCUGUGGGUAUUUUUUAAGAAGGCAGGUACAAAAGUUUAUCAAUUUUCAAUAUUUAGCAACCUAUCACUUAAUGAGAAGGAUCGAAUGGUUUUCCAUUUCACAAUAGUGUUAUGUCUUCGAAUUUCACCCUACUUUUUUUUUUAGGAGAAACAAGUUUAAUUUUAAUUAUAUAAGUGGUUCAUGUAUACUUUCUUUUUGUAAUUGUUUUUAAUAAUACAGAUAAAGCAAAAGUCAUCCUUGACCUCUCAGUUAUAUCCCUAAAAACUGUUACUAUAAGCUCUUUAAUGUCUAUCCUUUCAGCAUUUUAUACGCAUUUGUAUACAAUAUGUAUGUACUUAUAGAAACGUAGUUUUGGAGGGCAAAGAGUCAUAAAUUUUAUCAUAUGGUAUGUUUUAUUCUACAAUGUGCCUUUUUAAAUUUAAUCUUAUUAGAUGAUCUGUCCAAGUUGGUACAUACAGAUCAACCUUAUUCCUCCUAACUCCUUCAGAGUAUUAUUUCAUUUUAUGGAUAUAUAUGAUUUAUUUUAAACAUUUCAAUAUUUUUUCUUUUCAUUUUCAUCCUACCCCCUUCUUCCCCAUCUUGAGGCUACUUGUUAAAUGUUAGCAAUAUUCAGGAAUAAUUAGUACCUAGUCACCAAAUGUCUUGCAGUGCUUCUAAUGUCUUCUUUCACUGGGGAGAAUGAACUGUGGAUGAACAAAUGUUCCUGAAAACCAAAACUCAAAAAUAAGUUUUACUAGCCUUGAUGAAAAUCUUCCCAAAUUAUACUCAAACAACAUCUAGCAACAUACUUUGGACAUAAUAAUUGCACAAUAAAUGUGUUAAAUGACUGUUCAUGUUUACUGCCUUAGAAAAGAGAAGACGCCACGUGUAAUUUUAUUUUAUUUUAUUUUAUAUUUAUUUUAUUUUUUUGAGAUAGAGUCUCGCUCUGUUGCCCAGGCUGGAGUGCAGUGGCAAGAUCUCAGCUCACUGCAACCUCUGCCUCCCAGGUUCAAGUGAUUCUCCUGCCUCAGCCUCCCGAGUAGCUGGGAUUACAGGUGUGCACUGCCAUACCCAGCUUAUUUUUGUAUUUUUAGUAGAAACGGGGUUUUGCCAUGUUGGCCAGGCUAAUCUUGAAUUCCUGACCUCAAGUGAUCGACCUGCCUUGGCCUCCCAAAGUGCUGGGAUUAUAGGUGUGAGCCACCACGCCUGGCCACCACAUGUAAAUUUUAACGUUUGCUCGGUGACUUGGUCUUUCAACUAUUGUACAGUGUCACCAUCUGGAGAUGCUUGGUGAUCACCAAGUUUAAAACCCAAAGUGCUGUGCUUUGUAGCCUUCAAAGUGGGAAAGAAAAAGGUAGGAUUAAAAAGGAAACAAGGAAUAGGGAAAUGUUUGAACCCCAGUAUAUCCAGACAUUGCUCUCUCUUAUGUCAAGAGCCUUUUGUCUCCUGAUUGGUGGCUUUUCUUCUGACAGCAUCCUCUGCCAGUUGGCUGUUCAGUCAAACAUCUUGUGAAUACCUACAAUGUCACUAGGCAUUCUGCCAGGCACUGGAAUGCAAAGAUGGGAAGACACAGCCCUAUCCUCAAGAAGCUUAUAAUCUAAUGAGGGAAGCAUACAUGUUAACCAAGAAGCAAUCAUACAUCAAUGCUGUUAUGAAAGGUAUAUACACAGGAGAGAAUUAGCCAAUAUCACUGAGGAGGUAACAUUGGAACUAAGUGUAAAAGACGAAUAGAUGUUCACUUUGAAGACUGGAGUGAUGGAGGAAAGCAAGCCACACAUUUGAAUUCACAGUCCCGACAUACACUCUGGCUGAGCUUGGGGAAUCAGAGCAAGUCAUACAGAGUCCAGACUACGGACUUUGUUUCAUGUCCUCAGCAGUUCUGACUUUUCCCAAAGGCAGUGGAAGGCCACUGAAACCUUUGAGGAGGAGACAUAGCAUGACUGGAUGCACAUUUUAGAGACAGUAAAACAUUCUGGCUACAGUAUCAAGAAUGGCCUAAAGAAAGCUUAUGGGGCCAGGCGUGGUGGCUCACGCAUAUAAUCCCGGCACUUUGGGAGGCCGAGGUGGACGAAUCACUUGAGGUCAGGAGUUUGAGACCAGCCUGGCCAACAUGAUGAAACCCUGUCUACUAAAAGUACAAAAAUUUGCCAGGCAUGGUGGCACUUGCCUGUAAUUCCAGCUACUCGGGAGGCUGAGACAUGAGAAUCACUUUAACCCAGGAGGCAGAGAUUGCAGUGAGCUGAAAUCACACCACUGCUCUCUAGCCUGGGUGACAGAGUGAGACUCUGUCCAAAAAAAAAAAAAGCUUAUGGAAGGCCAGGUGCAAUGGCUCAUGCCUAUAAUCCCAGCACUUUGUGAGGCCGAGGUAGGAAGAUUGCUUGAACCCAGGAGUUCAAGACCACCCUGGGCAACAUUGUGAGGCCUCAUCUUUAUAAAAAUUAAUAAUAGUUUCUUAAAACAAGAAAGCUUAUAGAAAACCAUAUUCAGGAAGAUCUUUCUUUUUUUAAUUGUAGCAAUCCAGGUAAGAGACACAGAAAACUGUAAAUGAUGCAAAAACAGCUGAACUGAAUAUGACAGAUGUUCAAGAGGUAUGUGAUGGGAUGAUAUUUUGAAAUUUGGAUUUCUGCUGCUUUCCUGGCAUUUAUUCUUCCUUUCAACAAAUGUAUUCUACGCACUUGGCCCUCAGUUUUGGGUUAUUACUGUAGUAAUGAAAGGGUCGGUUCUCUACUUUUGAAUUUCCCACCUCAAAUGAGACUUUUUUUUUUUUAAUGACACCCCCCACGUAGCAAGGAAGGAGAGUGGAAGGAAAUGAGAGGGUGGCAAAUAUCACUAUGGAAGAGCCCUGAGCACAGCCUCCUUUCUCCGGUUGUCUAGUACAUCAGCCUUAGAUGGGAGCAGGGAGGGUAAAAAAGUGAACCUUCAGACAGGAUAGGAGAUUGAAGAGCAGAGGAUGCCCAUGCCUCAAGUUCCAGGUGUGACCUACAGAAGAGUUCCCUUGGGCCAGGGUGAUGCAGCAGCCACUGAGUAGAAAUGACAACAUGGUGUUUUUAAGCUAAGAGGGGCCCAACACAUUUCUUGGAGCCCCAGUGUGGCAUCGGAAAGCAUCUGAAAUGUUUCCAUAUCCCACUGCUCCAGCAGGUAUGACAAAAGAGCUACUGUGUUAGAUAUGAGGACACACGUUCACCUGGGUGGAUAUGGGACCAAAGACAAGAUGGACAUCUCAGUGGAUGCUGGCAGAGAAAGGGGCCAGAGGGAGCCCACUGUCUGAGCAAAUGCCAGCAUAAAUCAGGUGGAUCAAGAAACAGAAACCCUGGCCAGGCACGGUGGCUCAUGCCUGUAAUCCCAGCACUUUGGGAGGCCGAGGCAGGUGGAUCGCCUGAGGUCAGGAGUUUGAGACUAGCCUGGCCAACAUGGUGAAACCCCGUCUCUACUAAAACUACAAAAAUUAGCUGGGCAUGGUGGCAGGCACCUGUAGUCCCAGGCACUUGGGAGGCUGAGGCAGGAGAAUCGCUUGAACCUGGGAGGGGGAGGUUGCAGUGAGCCGAGAUCGCGCCAUUGCACUCCAGCCUGGGUGAUGAGUGAAACUCUGUCUCAAAAAAAAAGAAACAGAA